GUAGCUGUGGAGUAUAUGGAAGUUAUCGCCUACGUAGAGAUACAGAGAAAACUUUAUGAUGUUUCUCACAUUCAUUUGUGCUCUCCCGUUCUGCAGGUCUGGCAGUGUGAUUGGCCACUGGAAUGAAAUCUUUGAAUUCGUGAAGAACUUGGCAGAGAAGUUUAAAAGUCCCAUGCUGAGGAUGUCCUUCAUAACAUUCAGCUCCAGAGCGUCCACCAUCAUGAAGCUAACAGAAAACAGAGUGACUAUCCAAAAGGGCCUGAAUGCUCUGAGGAAAGAGAAACCUGGUGGGGAUACUCUGAUGGACCUGGGGCUGCAGAGUGCAAACGACCAGAUACGCAAGGAAAACUUUGGGACAGCCAGUGUGAUCAUCGCUCUGACAGAUGGUGACCUGCAAGAGCAGCAGCUCUUCGAUGCACAACAGCAGGCAGAGGAAGCCAGACGUCUGGGAGCGAUCGUGUACUGUGUUGGUGUCAAAGACUUUAAUGAAACACAGCUGGCCACCAUUGCGGACACCAUAGAACAUGUGUUUCCUGUGCUAGGAGGGUUCCUUGCCCUUAGGGGUGUCAUCGACUCGAUUAUCAAGAAAUCCUGUAUUGAAAUAUUGGCAGCAGAGCCGUCGAGUGUGUGUGCUGGAGAGACAUUUCAAGCCGUGGUGAGGGGAAACGGAUUCCUCCACGCAAGAAACAUCGACCAGGUGCUCUGCAGCUUCAAAAUCAACGAUACCAUCACAGUCAAUGAAAAGCCUGCUGGUGUAGAAAACACAUUCUUACUGUGUCCAGCUCCUGUCAUCGAUGAGGUUGGAAAGGUGAUUUAUCUCCAAGUGAGCAUGAACGACGGUCUGUCCUUCAUCGGCAGCAACGUCCACAUCACCACCACAGAGUGUUUUGAUGGCACCAUCCUGCUGAUAACGCUGCUGGUUUUGUUCCUCCUGCUGGCCCUUCUCUUCAUGUGGUGGUUCUGGCCUUUGUGCUGCACCGUGGUGAUCAAGGAGCCUCCACCUCCUCCUCCACCAGAGCCUGAGUCAGAUGAUGACGAUGGCCUGCCAAAGAAGAAGUGGCCUACUGUGGAUGCCUCAUAUUACGGAGGAAGGGGAAUCGGUGGAAUCAAGAGGAUGGAGGUACGAUGGGGCGGUAAAGGCUCCACCGAGGAAGGGGCUAAGCUGGAGAAGCCAAAGAACGCGGUAGUGAAGAUGCCGGAGCAGGAAUACGAACCUUAUGAGCCCAAACCCAAGAAAGCUCACAACAAGAAGCCGCCUCAAAACCGCAAGUGGUACACACCCAUCCAGGGUAAACUGGACGCCAUCUGGGCUCUGUUUCGCCGCGGUUAUGACCAGGUUUCCCUGAUGAGACCCCAACCUGGUGAUCAUGGUCGAUGCAUCAACUUUACAAGAGUAAAAGACGAUUCGGCAGCAACCAAGGCCCCACCCCGUCCUCCAAUUCAUGCACCAUCGCCUCCUCCACCAGACUACCGUCCCAUUACCCGCUCCGCCUCCUCGUCUCCUACCUCUUCCAGCCCACCCACCAGAUCACCACCGUCAGGCCAGGUGCCUCCAGGGCCCCCGCCGUCCCGCACGCCUCCAGGGCCGCCCUGUCCUCCACCAGCCCGUCCUCCACCCUCCCUUCAACCCUAAAUCAUGCAGACAAACGUCCUCCGCCCUCCCGCCCUGUCCACUUUGAUAUCACAUUGAUAUUACUACCCGUCUGAGCAUGUAUUUAAUCUUAAAGGAGGUGGUCCUGCUGCCAAGUAUCCUCCUGCCUUCUAGCAAAGAUCAGCUGCAUGCUGAACCUGAGACAUGAGUCUUCCUUCUGUCGUCUGGGAUAGAGUCUCAAGCUAAGCUGCAAGCUCACAAUUAUAUGCUCUUGUGCCUUUACAUGGUUAACUACGGAUUAAGAAUCUGCUUGAGUUGAAUGCUUUCUGUAACUAACGCCAAAGCAAAUGUUGCAUAAAUCGAUGGGCAAAAACAUUUCUUUGAACUGUGGUUUAACUUGACAUUCUAUCUCACACAGAUCAAAUGCCAUUUCUGAGAUCUUGAAAGGAUUGUUGCUGGACAGCAAAGCAAAGAAGAAAGGGAUGUCUAUCAAUGAAAGAUUGAAAGAUAUUUAAAAAUUGUCUAUCUUUAUCAACUACUGAGUUUUGUGGUUUCUGGUUAUUUUUGACACCUUCUCCAUUUCGUAUCUUUGCAGUUUUGAUUAUUUAGUGCCCAUCUUUUUGGGUCUGUCGCAAUAAAUUUUGUACGGUAUAAAACUCAUGGUUUACUAAGCCAAAAUUCAAUUUUUAAGUAUUUUUAAAACAAAAUGAUUGCAUAGACCCUUUGCAACUACGCCACUUGAUUAGUUGAGGUGCCAUGAUGGACGUUGUAGUGACGGACGGGAGUAUUAAACAGAGAAGACUGCCAUUGUUUUCCAAAGUUGUUUUUGCCGGUAUAGCCACAGCUUGCACUCGUUCAAUUCAAACUAAUUUGUCUGUGGACGGAGCUUACCUAGUCGGGGUUCAUAGAUAGUGGAAUUGACAAAAGUUGGAACUAGUUAGCAGGAAUGGAGGGCUCGAGACCGGUCUUGGCCUCAAGCUUUCCCCCCCCCCGGUGUUGGCCUCGGUCUAUAAUAAAACGUAUGUGAAACAUGCAUAACCGUAAAAACACACAGCAACGCUAAAACAUUGUCUUAGCCACACAAGCUUUAAAUUAAGACACAAACUUUGCUCUUUCGAACGAUAUGACAAUCGUCGAACUACGUGCAAAACUCACAGAACCAGCAGCCAAUACAGAGGAAAAACAAAGCCUAUUUUGUCAUGCCAAAACUUACCUUCGAUGUUUUAUAACCAGAAUCCGUGUUAGCGAAAAUAUUUCCACUUUGGUUCCUGCACUCUGUUGUCCUUGCGUCAGCUCUGUUGGCUCCGUGAUUUUCGGAAAUCCCACGGCAUCUAUUGGCUCUGAUAGUUUCGGGAAUUUCCCAUGUGAGGCUAUUUGUGUUCCUGUGUGUACUAGGCAUAAUAUGUCCAGGAUAUGUUUUAGGAACAGUGAGUUUUUUAACAUCUAAUUAUUUAUGGCUAUAUUUUUUUUCUGACACAUUUUAUUAAACUAAUAUCUCAAUUUUUUUCAUUUAACAUACAACUAUUGUGCAAUGUAAGCUGAUUAAUUCAGUUUAGAGAAUGUGUAUCAUUGUGUGGCUGCAUUUAGUAACUUAAAUAUUAGUUUAUUAUGACCGUUAUUAAUUUAAAACCAAGAAGUAGUUUUGGUUGACUUUUUUCCAUUAAUAUUUGCAUUUUUGGUGUACAAAAAGCAAUGUCCUGAAAUAUUUAUUGAAGUCAAACAUUCAACUUCAGCCUUGGUCUCGGUCUUGGUCUCGGAAGAACCGGUCUUGACUCCAUCCUUCCUAGCUAGCUUAGAAACCGACCCACAAAUACUUCGUCCCCUUGAAAUGUUUGUUGAGUUGAACAAAAAAUUCAACAAACACUUCACAGAUUUUUCUUUUUUUAAUCGAUUUUUCUAACGGUAAAAAAGGUAAAAACCUUUUUUUUAUAUCUGAAAAA